GUAAAAGUAUUCAGCACCUGAUAAACAAUUAUCAGUUAAAGUGGAAAUUAGUUCUGCGGAAAGUUAAUGUAGUAAAGAUGUUUGGAUUGAAGCUUUUUUCGUAUUCACUUAUACUGAUUAUAACAACAUCAGCCAAUGGAGAGCUCUACACUUUUUUUCAAGAUAUCAUAACAUCUUUAGUUGACUUAACAGGCAUACAACCGUUCAUAUCACCGUUAUAUCCAGACAAAGAACUCGAAAUUUUGUUGCAUGAACAAUGGGAUUUCAUCAUAAUCGGAUCGAGUCCUUCAGGGAUAGUUCUAGCAAACAGAUUAACUGAAAAUGAAAAUAUCAACGUUUUAUUACUAGAAGCUGGUGAAGAAGCUAGUGUCCUAACAGACAUACCAAUUAUCGCAGGAGCUUUCGGUUCUUCAAACUAUGAUUACGGAUACAAAACAGAACCUCAACCGAAUUUUUGUAGAGGUUGUACUGAUAACAGAGUGAAAUGGGAACGUGGAAAAGCUCUUGGUGGUGGUACUAUCAUCAACUACAUGCUUUACGUUAGAGGAAACAAGAGAGAUUUCAAUCUUUGGUCGGAAAUGGGGGGUUCGGGAUGGGCAUACGACGAUUUACUACCAUAUUUUAAAAAAAUAGAAGAUACCCGCGUAAAUAAAAUUGACGAAGACUUUAGAGGAAAAGGAGGAUAUUUAACUAUUUCAGAUGAACCGUGGAGAACGAAAAUUUCAGAAAUAUUCGUAAACGCUGCGGAAGAAUCCGGACUUAAAUACGUUGAUUAUAAUGGCAAACAACAAAUAGGAGUAUCGUUUGUACAAACAUCAACGAAAAAUGGUUUAAGAGAUAGUGCGGAAAAAGCUUAUCUGCGACCUGUACGACAUAGACCAAAUUUAGUAAUUCAAACUAACGCUCAAGUAACACGAAUAUUAUUCAAAGAAAAAACUGCUUACGGCGUUCGAUAUUUCCAUGACGGAAUUUUUAAUAAAGUAACUGCUAAAAAAGAAGUUAUUCUAUCUGCUGGUACCAUAAAUUCAGCACAAUUGUUAAUGCUAUCGGGGAUUGGACCCAAAGAAGACUUACAACAAUUAGGUAUACCAGUACUACAGAAUUUACCUGUUGGUAGAAAAAUAUACGAUCAUUCCACGUUUCCUCUAAUUGCUUACCAAUUGAAUGAAAGCGUAUCCGUUGAUACAAUAGAUUUCCUCAAUCCUAUAAAUUUAUUAGAUUUGGCAAAAGGAAAAGGCAGAUAUACUUCCACAGGAGGUGUCGAAGUCCUGGCUUUUGUUAAAACAAAUAUUUCAACGGACCCCGAUCCUUUUUAUCCUGAUAUUGAACUCUUAGUUUUGGGCGGUAGUGUAGCUAACGAUGACGGGAUAAUAUUUAGAAAUAUUUUUAACAUACCACCGAAUAUUUACGAUGUUAUAUUCAAACCUUUAGAAGGGAAAUUUGUUUACCAGGUUACACCAAUACUAUUACAUCCCGUUUCACACGGAUUUUUGAAAUUGAAAUCCUCAAAUCCAUUCGACGCUCCAUUAUUAUACGCUAAUUAUUUUUCUGAUCCCAACAAUCGUGAUAUCAAAACUUUCAUAGCCGGUAUACGAGAGAUUCAAAGAAUCAACGAGUUUCCGUCUUUAAGGAAAGUUGGUGCUACCCUCGUAACUACACCUGUGCCAGGUUGUGAAUUGUAUGUUUUCGAUUCUGAUGAAUAUUGGGAGUGUGCUCUAAGGAUCGUAAUAGGUAGUUAUUUUCAUAUGGUUUCAUCUUGUAAAAUGGGUCGUUCGGAUGAUAAAGAAGCGAUCGUUGAUUACGAAUUGAAGGUAUUCGGAAUAGACAAAUUGCGAGUGGUGGAUGUUGGAGUGAUACCACUACCUUUGUCAGGUCAUACUAUGAGUCCUGGUUAUGUCAUCGGUGAAAAAGCCGCCGAUAUAAUAAAACGGUCCUGGAAUAUUUAAUAAAAAACUAACAAAAAACACACCUUGUAUAAACGAUUCGGAUUCGGUUUAUUUUCUUUCCGUCUACGUUAGGUCAAGAAUUAAAUUAACUGUAUAAUAAAACAAGUUAAAUCAGUCACAUAACGGUUAUAUAAAGAUUUAUAUACGAAUUUUGUUGUUGUGAAAUUAAAUUUGGAAAUAAAUUGUAAGCCUCUACUUUCUCUUAAAGGUCAUAUGAGGAUAAAUAUUCAAUUAUUAUUACAUCCAGUAGUAAUUAGAUGAAUUUAAACAAAUCAAUGUUAAUAAUUGUUGAAAUCUAUUAGUAGUCUAGUCAUUAUUGACCUCAGAAAAUCGACAUACCCAGUAUAUAUAACGCCCUCUAUCUCGAAAACAGUUCAAGGUAUAAAAAAAAGUUGAUAACAAAAGUUGUAGAGAAUUAGAUUCUCCGUAAAACCGUAAAACUCAUAGAAGACGAGAUAUUUGCAAAAUAUGUAAAAAAAUCCAUUUUUAUGACCUUUCACCCUCCGAUUUGCAAACUUGCAAUCAUCAAAUUAUAUGUGAAUUUUGAGAAUAGUUUUAGGAUACCAAAAUACAAGUUUUUACAUACUAGGUAUGUCGAUUUUCGGAGAUAUAGAUUUACAAUAGCUAAUAAUGAGAGAAUAUAUGCAACACUUUAUACUAGAAAUCGGUAUGGUGAGUUGCCUGUAACUUAAAACUGACGUUUAAUAAUUGCAGACCGAAAAUGCUAUUAGUAAAACUUAAUAAAUAUCGAGCGAAUACACAAAGCGUUUUUAAGUUCAUGUUUAAUACAAAUAUUUCUAAUUUGUUAUAUAAAAUAUAGAGAGAGCGAGGUAUGAAAGUUUGUUUAUUUGUACUAGAACCGCUGAUAGAAAGAGAACGAACAUCGUUGUACCAUUCUUUAUCUUUCUAAAUUCUGAUUCUGAUUGGAUCGCCAAAGUAAUGAGUGGUGGUGACGGCAAAGGAGGAGAAUAAUAGGUUUGAUUUUAUUGGCGAAUGGAAGGUAAUAGAGAAUGGCAAACCGAUGCUUUUUCUCUUUCUCCCAAUAGUACAAUUUCUUAUAUAUAGCGUCCUUUCUGGCAUUAAUAUUAGAUCUACGAUAAAAGCCAACUUAAUUUUUGCGCUUCAACUGUCUUUGUAAAAUAACAAUGAACAAAAUGGAGGUUAUACGUUAACUACGACCGACCUUUUUAAUAAAACAAUCUGACAAAA